AUGAUGUAUGUGACUGCCCCCAAUGCAAGAGCAUUCGUCGAGAACGUCCUCGCCGGUAACGGAGUCCCCCGCAAAAAUGCAAUUAUCAUUGCUAGAGGUCUGGUCGAAGCAGAUCUACGGGGAGUGGAUACACAUGGCAUCAACAGAAUCCCGAGCUACAUGGCGCGCAUUCGACAGGGCGUGCUCGACCCCCGAGCCGCUCCUACACUUCGCCAAGUCACACCAGCCGUUGCUCAAGUAGAUGGCCAUAAUGGAUUUGGGUUUCUCGCGGCACACAUGGGAAUGGCUAAGGCCAUAGAGAUAGCCGAAGAGGUGGGCAUAGGCCUGGUGUCUGUCAAACACUCGAAUCACUUCGGCAUGUCAGCCUGGGUGGUUCAGCAGGCUCUCGACGCAGGCAUGGUGAGCCUCGUCUUCACCAACUCAUCUCCUGCAGUGCCAGUCUGGGGAGGCAAGUCAAAGCUGAUGGGUGUUUCGCCAAUCGCUUGUGGGGCCCCAGCCGGGAAGGGGCGACCCUUCAUUGUGGACAUGGCGCCCAGUGUUGCAGCCCGAGGGAAGAUACACAAGGCCCUACGGAGAGGGGAGAAGAUACCGAAAGACUGGGCAUUAGACAAGGAGGGAAAGCAGACUGACGACCCAGCAAAGGCUCUAGAAGGUGUCAUGCUUCCAAUAGGCGGACCCAAGGGCUCAGCCCUUGCCAUCAUGAUGGCACGUAACUCCUGUCAAGACGUCUUCGCUGGCGUUCUCUCCGGCAGCGCAUUUGCUGGGCACGUCACGAACCCCUACGAUCCCUCCAAGCCCGCAGACGUCGGCCACUUCCUCGUCGCUCUCAAGCCAGACCUGUUCAUGAGUCUUGAGGAAUUUAAACAACGUAUGGAUUACCUAUAUGGCCGUGUAAUCGGCUCGGACCGAAUGGCAGGCACAGACCGCAUCUACUUCCCAGGUGAGAUUGAGCUAUUGAUGAAAGAAGAGCGCCUACACGAUGGAAUCCCGCUUGUGCAAGCGGAAGUUGAAGCCCUCAACAAAGAAUCUCAACGAGUUGGGGCUCAAAGUAUUUCGGUGUCGUCCUGUCCCGUAAAAUCCCGUUUGUAG